AUGGCAAACCUCUAUUUCACGCACUCGAGCGCGCCGCUCAAGACGGUGGAGGAGAUUCAGUUCGGCCUCAUGUCGCCCGAGGAGAUCAAGAACAUGAGCGUCGCUCACAUCCUCUACCCUGAAACGAUGGAGGAAGGGGGGACAAAACCACGCGAUGGAGGGCUCAACGAUCCACUGCUCGGUUCGAUAGACCGACAGUUCAAGUGUAAGACUUGCACGCAGGCCAUGGGCGAGUGCCCUGGCCACUUUGGUCACAUCGAGCUUGCCAAGCCAGUCUACCAUCCCGGGUUCAUCAAGAAGGUCAAGAAGAUCCUGGAGAUUGUCUGCCAUAACUGCAGCAAGGUGUUGUCCGAUACUAGCGACCCAGAGUUCCAAGCUGCCAUCAACACCCGGGACCCCAAGCUUAGAUUUAAUCGUGUCUGGGCCGUGUGCAAGAAGAAGCGGAGGUGCGAGAACGAAGACCGCCAGAACAAGGAAAAGGACGAAGACUUCUUGCCCGCGAUGAAAGGUCAGGCGAUGAAUCAUGGUGGAUGUGGCAACGUCCAACCGGCCGUCCGGCAAGCCGCUCUUCAGCUCAAGGCUGCCUUCGACGUCGCGCAGGAGGAUGGCCCCAAAAGACGGGAGACGGUGCCGAUCACGCCAGAGAUGGCCCAUAGCAUCUUGCGCCGGAUCUCGGAGGAGGACCUUCGACACAUUGGCCUGAACUCCGACUACGCUCGGCCCGAGUGGAUGAUUCUCACCGUUCUGCCUGUUCCGCCACCGCCUGUCCGUCCCAGCAUCUCCAUGGACGGUACUGGCACCGGCAUGCGAAACGAAGACGACUUGACCUACAAGCUCGGCGACAUCAUCCGUGCCAACGGCAACGUGAAGCAGGCGAUCCGUGAAGGGUCGCCUCUGCACAUUGCUCGAGACUUCGAGGAGCUUUUGCAGUACCAUGUAGCCACGUACAUGGACAACGACAUAGCCGGCCAGCCGCGAGCUUUGCAAAAAAGUGGACGACCCGUCAAGGCCAUCCGAGCGCGCUUGAAGGGCAAGGAAGGUCGUCUCCGUGGCAACUUGAUGGGUAAGCGUGUCGACUUCUCGGCUCGUACUGUCAUCACUGGUGAUGCCAACCUCUCCCUUCACGAGGUCGGCGUUCCUCGCAGCAUCGCCAGGACCCUGACCUAUCCGGAGACCGUUACCCCGUACAACAUUGGCAAGCUGCACCAGCUCGUCGAGAACGGGCCGAACGAGCACCCUGGCGCCAAAUACGUCAUCAGGUCCGAUGGCACCCGCAUCGAUCUGCGGCAUCACAGACGCGCGGCUCAGAUCUCGCUCGAGUACGGAUGGAAGGUCGAGCGGCAUCUCAUGGAUGGUGACUACAUCAUCUUCAACCGUCAGCCUUCGCUGCACAAGGAGUCCAUGAUGGGUCAUCGCGUUCGCGUCAUGCCGUACUCGACCUUUCGGCUGAAUCUGUCCGUGACCUCGCCGUACAACGCUGAUUUUGACGGCGACGAGAUGAAUCUUCACGUUCCUCAGAGCGAAGAGACGCGAGCCGAGGUCAAGGAGCUGUGCCUUGUACCCAACAACAUCGUCUCUCCCCAGAAGAAUGGUCCCUUGAUGGGUAUUGUCCAGGACUCCCUUGCCGGGGUGUACAAGCUGUGCCGCCGGGACACCUUCAUCGACAAGGAGAUGGUCAUGAACCUGAUGCUCUGGGUUCCCAACUGGGACGGUGUCAUCCCCCCACCGGCAAUUCUGAAACCCCGGCCGCGAUGGACCGGAAAGCAGAUCAUCUCCAUGGUUAUUCCUCCCGAAAUCAGCCUGCACAACCCCGAAGGGUCCGAUUUCCCACUGACGGAUAACGGCGUUCUCAUCCAAAGCGGUGAGCUCAUUUUCGGGCUCCUCAGGAAGAAGAACGUGGGCGCGGCCGCCGGUGGCAUUGUUCACCUCUGCUACAAUGAACUUGGCCCCAGCGGAGCCAUGGCCUUCCUGAACGGCGUGCAGCAGGUCGUGACGUACUGGCUCCUGCACAAUGGACACAGCAUCGGCAUCGGUGACACUGUUCCUGACAAGGAAACGAUUGAGAAGGUCCAGGUGCACAUCGACACGCAAAAGGCCGAGGUUGCUCGGCUGACGGCCAUGGCCACGGCCAACGAGCUCGAGGCCCUUCCUGGCAUGAAUGUUCGAGCGACAUUCGAGAACAAGGUAUCGAAGGCCCUCAACCAGGCCCGUGACCAGGCCGGUACGACGACGCAGUCGAGUUUGAAGGAUUCCAACAACGCCGUCACCAUGGCCGACUCUGGUUCGAAGGGAUCGUCCAUCAAUAUUUCUCAGAUGACUGCGCUCGUCGGCCAGCAGAUCGUGGAAGGCAAGCGAAUUCCGUUCGGUUUCAAGUACAGAACGCUUCCCCAUUUCACCAAGGAUGACUACUCGCCCGAAGCCCGUGGUUUCGUCGAGAACUCGUACCUGCGCGGUCUGACACCGUCGGAAUUCUUCUUCCACGCCAUGGCUGGUCGAGAAGGUCUCAUCGACACGGCGGUCAAGACGGCCGAGACGGGCUACAUCCAGCGACGGCUUGUGAAGGCACUCGAGGAUCUCAGCGCUCGCUAUGAUGGGACAGUGCGCAACUCCCUGGGCGACAUCAUUCAGUUCUUGUAUGGCGAGGACGGCCUGGAUGCCAUGUGCAUCGAGAAGCAGAAACUAGGCACACUGAAGAUGUCCGACGCUGCGUUCGAGAAGAAGUACCGGCUGGAUCUUGCCAAUCCACCCGAUUGGUUCAAGACGGAUUACGAGUACGGCAACGAGUUGACGGGAGACAAAGCCUCGAUGUCCUUGCUGGAUGAGGAGUGGGAUGCACUCGUGGCUAACCGCCGCGAGGUGCGCUCCAUCAAUCGUUCAAAGUUGGGAGAUGAGAUGAUGCAGCUGCCGCUCAACCUCGGUCGCAUGAUCGAGUCGGCCAAGCGGGUGUUCAACGUCAAGGCCACGGACCGAAGCAACCUUCGACCGUCGGACGUCAUACCUGCCGUGCAGAACAUGCUCAGCAAGAUGAAGAUCGUUCGUGGGUCAGACCCUAUCUCGGCGGAAGCCGACUCGAGCGCCACCAUCCUGUUCAAGGCUCUCGUUCGAUCGCGCCUGGCCUUCAAGGAAAUCGUCAAGGUUCACCGGCUGAACAAGCUCGCCUUUGAUCACGUGUUGGGCGAGCUUCAGAACCGUUGGGACCGGUCGUUUGUCAGCCCCGGUGAGAUGGUUGGUGUUCUCGCGGCGCAGUCCAUCGGCGAGCCCGCGACGCAGAUGACGCUCAACACCUUCCAUUUCGCCGGUGUGUCGUCGAAGAACGUCACGCUCGGCGUGCCCCGGCUGAAAGAAAUCCUGAACCUUGCCAAGGACAUCAAGACCCCUAGCAUGGCUGUCUACUUGAGCACGUUCUUGGCCAAGCAGGAGGAGGCGAAGACGCUGCGUAGCAUGGUGGAGUACACCAACCUGCGCUCCGUGACGUCGGUGACGGAGAUCUACUACGACCCCAACGUCCGGACCACGACGAUUGCCGAGGAUCUGGACAUGGUUGACUCGUACUUUUUGAUCCCGGAAGAUGACGAAAACACCCUCGACAUGCAGUCGAGGUGGCUCUUGCGCAUCACCCUGGAUCGGCAGAAGCUGCUCGACAAGGAGAUCAAGAUCGACGAGGUUGCCCAGCGCAUCAAGGAGGAGUACUCGGCCGACAUGGCCAUCAUAUUCAGCGACAACAACGCAGACGAGCAGGUGAUUCGACUUCGGAGCAUCAAGCGGGGCGAUGGCAAGGGGGGCGAAGACGAAAUGGAGGACGACGUGAUGCUGAAGCGUCUGGAGUCUCACCUCCUCGACACCCUCACGCUGCGCGGCGUUCCCGGCAUCGAUCGUGCCUUCUUGACCAAGGGCACGCGACUUGUCGAGGACGAAGACGGAUCGGAGCUUGCCAUCAAGGACGACCCGCGAUGCACACAGUGGUACCUGGACACUAGUGGUUCCGCGCUACGUGAGGUGCUCGCCGUCGACGGUGUGGAUGCGUCACGGACCUACACCAACGAUCUGUGGCAGAUUGUGGAGGUGUUCGGCAUCGAGGCCGCGCGCUCGGCCCUGGUCAAGGAGCUGACGAACGUUUUGGCGUUUGACGGUUCGUACGUCAACCAUCGGCACAUCGCCCUUCUGGUCGACGUCAUGACGUACAGGGGCACCAUAUCGGCCGUCACCCGACACGGCAUCAACCGCGCCGACACGGGCGCGCUGAUGCGUUGUUCCUUCGAAGAGACGGUCGAGAUUCUCCUCGAGGCGGCGGCGACGGGUGAGCUGGACGACUGCCGCGGCAUUUCCGAAAACGUCAUGCUGGGGCAGAUGGCACCCAUGGGAACGGGCAACUUUGACGUUUUCCUCGACCCCAAGAUGCUGGAGACGGUCAUCUCCGACAACUCUCGGAUGGGUCUGAUGCCCGGCAUGCCCGUCAAGGACGGCGAGGCGGAGGGGGCAGCGACGCCGUACGACACGGGCUCGCCCAUGGGCGACUCGGGCUACAUGAGCAUGAGCUCGCCGGCGGCGGGCAACUUCUCGCCGAUCCAGGGUGCCGGGUCGGAGACACCCGCCGGAUUCGGCACCGAGUACGGCGGCGGCGGCUUCGGAGGCAUCGGGUCCAUGAGCCCCUAUUCGAUGCGCGGAGCGACGAGCCCGUUCAGCACGUCGCCGACGUCGCCCUUCAGCUCGGGCAUGGGCGGCUACUCGCCGUCGUCGCCCAACGCCGGGUACUCGCCGACGUCGCCGCUCAUCGACGGCGGAGGCGCCGGCCGCUACGCCAUGUCGCCGUCGUUCAGCCCGUCGUCGCCGUCGUUCUCGCCGACGUCGCCGAUGCUGCGGCCGACGAGCCCGGCGAGCCCAAACUACAGCCCGACGUCGCCGAGCUACUCGCCAGCGUCGCCGUCGUCGCCCCGGCAUUACUCGCCGACUUCGCCUGCACAGUUCAACUCCCCCACCUCCCCCAGCUACUCGCCGGCCAGCCCCAACUACAGUCCCGCAUCCCCCAACCUGCACGGUGCCGGCGCAACUUCCCCUUCCUACUCCCCUGCCUCGCCCUCCUGGUCCCCGACCUCGCCCGAGGCUUACUCGCCGACGAGCCCAAGUUUCCAAAGGAGCCCGGGAAACCAGCAGUCGCCGACGAGCCCAAGCUACUCGCCGACUUCUCCUUCGUUUUCUCCUCGGACCCCUGGGCCCGGCACGUCGGGAAAUCAAUAG